AUGGGUGGCGGAGAGAGGACUUCCGCCGUGGUCCUGGGUGCUCACAGCGCCGCCCCGGCCGUCACCUUGGUGAAGCGGAGCAAAGAGGCCACGCAGAGGCUGCAGCAGUUCUUCGAGGGCGGCCAGUUCGCCAUCCGCUGGGGCUUUAUUCCGCUUGUGAUUUACCUGGGAUUUAAGAAGGGUGCAGAUCCUGGAAUGCCUGAACCAACUGUUUUGAGCUUACUUUGGAGAUAAAGGACUGUCUGGUCAUCUUGAUUUGGAAGCAAUCUAUAGACAGUAACAACAUGGAAGGGGUGCCUUCCGGCUGGCAUAAGAGAUGAGACAUCGUUCACACGUUCACCAAUUGAAUGGCACAGGGCUCUUAGAUGCAUCUGUGACAGAGUGGAACCUCUACUGACUUAUUUAUGGUAGACUGCAUCAAAACAAAUGUUUUUUUAACAGUGUUAAAAAAAGAAAAAAGAA